AUGGUUCUCAUAUUGUUUUGCUUCUUUACCGUCGUAGCAGGGCAGAUCCGCUACUCUAUACCAGAGGAGAUGAAGAAGGGCUCUCUAAUCGGUAAUGUAGCUCAGGACCUUGGUUUGGAUCUGAAAAGGCUCCGUUCUGGUCGGGCCCGUAUCGUCACCGGGGAGAGCAUCCAGUACACCGAGCUGAAGACAGACAAAGGGAUUCUAGUGGUGAAAGAGAGAAUAGACCGAGAGCAGCUUUGUGGAGACGUAACGCCGUGUAGUUUCAGCUUUGAAAUCAUUUUAGAAAAUCCUAUGGAGCUAAACCACAUAACAAUCGAAGUGUUAGAUGUGAAUGAUCAUCCUCCGGUGUUCAAGAAGUCAGAUAUUAUGUUAGACAUUAGCGAGUCGGCUAACCUUGGGGCGCGAUUUGUACUGGACAGUGCAGAGGAUCCUGACGUUGGUGUCAAUGGCCUGCAGAAUUAUGUUUUAUCUCCAAACGACAACUUCGUUUUAAAGCAGCAUGUAAAUCCGGAUGGAAGUAAAUAUGCUGAGAUGAUGCUUCAGAAGCAAUUAGACAGAGAAGAGGUCCCCACUCUUUCUUUAAAGCUUAUUGCAAUAGAUGGUGGGAAUCCACAGAGAUCUGGCACCGUAAAUAUAGACAUCAAGGUUUUAGAUGUAAAUGAUAAUGCGCCCGUUUUUAACCAGUCAGUAUAUAAAGCUACGGUGACAGAAAACGCAGCAAAGGGUACUCAUAUCGUUACUGUUAAUGCUACUGAUGCAGAUAGUGGAUCGAAUGGUUACAUCACAUAUUCAAUUUCAAACGUAAGAAGCAAUAUAGCUGAUUUGUUGUCAAUAGAUCAGGUAUCUGGUCUAUUGUCGGUUUCGGGCCCAAUAGAUUUUGAAAAGGAUAAAAAAUAUGAACUCAGAAUCGAUGCAAAAGAUGAGGGAGGUUUAACGGAUUCAAGCAAAGUCAUAAUUGAAGUAACGGAUGUAAAUGACAACGCUCCUAUCAUAAGCGUUAUGUCAUUCACUAGUCCUGUGUCAGAAGACUCUCCUGCUGGUACAACUAUUGGCAUUAUAAACGUAAAAGACCUCGAUUCAGGUGAUAACGGAAAAGUAAACUGUAGAAUAGAACAAAAUGCACCUUUCAAGAUUAAAUCUAAUUUAAGAAAUUACUAUACUUUGGUAACAGACACUGUAUUAGAUCGAGAAACUGUUUCUGAAUAUAACAUCACUGUUGUUGCGACGGAUGCAGGAAUGCCUCCUCUCUCGACGAACAGAACCUUUUAUUUAAAGGUCUCUGAUGUGAACGAUAAUGCUCCACUAUUUUCACAAAGUGUUUAUGAUGCGUUUAUUGCAGAAAAUAACUCGCCAGGGGUUUCUAUUCUUACUGUUAGGGCUAAAGAUCCUGAUGAAAACCAAAACGCCCGCGUAUCUUAUAUUCUGGAGGAUUCUCAUCUUGACGGAUAUCCAGUCUCUAAUUGCGUGUCAGUCAAUGCAGAAAGCGGAGUGAUUCAUGCGGUGCGCUCGUUUGAUUAUGAGCAAAUAAAACAGCUAGUUUUCGUCGUCAAAGCUCAGGAUGGAGGCUCCCCUCCACUCAGUAGCAAUGUGACUGUGAAAGUAAUGAUCCAGGACCAGAACGACAACCCUCCUCAGGUUCUGUACCCAGUCCAGACUGGUGGCUCUCUGGUGGCUGAGAUGGUGCCUCGUUCAGCAGAUGUGGGCUAUCUGGUCACUAAAGUGGUGGCUGUUGAUGUGGACUCUGGACAGAAUGCCUGGCUCUCCUAUAGACUGCAGAAAGCCACAGACAGGGCGCUGUUUGAAGUGGGCUUACAGAAUGGAGAAAUAAGAACUAUCCGCCAAGUCACUGAUAAAGAUGCUGUGAAACAAAGACUGACUGUUAUAGUGGAGGACAACGGGCAGCCCUCUCGUUCAGCUACAGUCAUUGUUAACGUGGCGGUGGCGGACAGCUUCCCUGAAGUGCUGUCUGAGUUCACUGACUUUACACAAGACAAGGAGUACAAUGACAACCUGACUUUCUACUUAGUGUUGGCUUUGGCUGUAGUUUCCUUCCUCUUCAUCACGUGUUUAGUGGUUAUUAUAUCAGUGAAGAUCUACAGAUGGAGACAGUCUCGCGUCAUGUAUCACUCCAAUCUCCCUGUGAUUCCGUAUUAUCCACCACGUUACUCAGACACUUUGGGGACAGGGACUCUCCAACACGUGUACAACUACGAGGUGUGCAGGACGACUGACUCCAGAAAGAGUGACUGUAAGUUCGGCGGAGCCGGUAGUCAGAACGUGCUGAUAAUGGACCCCAGUUCUACAGGGACGAUGCAGCGGAUACAGAGUGAAAGGAGCAUCCUGGAUGAACCAGACUCUCCUCUAGAGGUGAGGAACAAUCCUUUACGUGUUUACUCCUUCAGACAUGUCGUCUCUAACUUCUCUUCGGAGUUCCGUUUAACUCCUCCCCCACCCUUCAGGACUCCCUGCCCCCACCCCUCGACACAGAGCCGUGCACGAGCGCUGCUGCUACUUAGCAACCAGGUAGCUACGCUGCCGCUGCCUCAUUGAGCGAGAGCUGAGCUAACGGUCGGCUGCGUUUCUCUACAAACUAGGAUGUCUCAUUCACCGGUA